GCACAGUAUUUGUGAUAGGAAACAAUACAUCCUCAUCUAGAUUAUACAAAGGCUCGCUGACUGUUUGCUUUGUGGAUUUUGGAAACUACGAGCGGCUUCUUUUCUCCAAUCCAGAGGUUUUGUUUUGCGGAAGAAGAGAUGAUGCUCCUAGAGUGGACAAUGAUGUGAAGAAGUUAUUCAGCCACGAGGGGCUCCAGUGUCCAUCACUGCGCCAGUUACUGUUUAUCGCAUUAACGACACACCGACAGCCGAUGAUAAGAUCACAAUCCCGAGUGCUUUUACGCGCAGACGCUGCACGCUGUGGAGGAACCGAAAGUAUAACGGGGUUUGAAUACGGAGAGAGGGAUGGUGGCGGAGAUGGUGAGCUGCGGGGCGGCUUGUCACCUGGAGGACGGAGACGGAGAUAUCCCCGCACUUGAAAACAAAGAUAAUCUGACAGAAAGUGACAGCAGUGGUUCAGAGAACACGGGAAACUCCACUGAGGAGAGCUCAGAGGAGGAAGAGGAGGACGAAGAAGAGGAUGAGGAUUCUGAAGGCAGUGCUGAGAAGGAUAGAGGGGAGGAAGACGCUGAAGAAGCCGAUUCAGAGAAGUCUAAAAAUGAGUCAGUCGCUGGACCUGAAGCAGAGGUUUUAAAUGGGAAAGAUGAGAUGCAAUUCAAAUUCUGCUGUGAAAAAUGCAAAGCCAUCCACCAGAGCCAUGGCAAUGAGCUUGUUACCCCCCGGAGGAUCUCCAAGGGACGAUUACAGGUGCAGCUGGAAGGAGAGGGAACAUUCGAAUGUUCGGUAACCGGCCUGGUGUUUGAAGCAUCAGAACCGGUUCUCGUAAGGUACUCAAUCUUGUCCUGGUCCAAGUUCGGCGCAUUCCUCCGGGACUCUUGGAAGUUUGCAGGACCCAUCUUUAACGUGGACACGGUCAACAAGGAUGCAUCUGUCCUCAAGUCCAUCCAGUUCCCUCACUCCGUCUGCCUUGCUGACCCAGAAAAUGAGAUGACAUUCAGCGUCCUACACAUUAAGAAUGACCGCCCACUCAUUGAGCCGACAGUGGACCACUCAGGUAGCCAUGUUAAGUGGAAUGUGACGUCCCUGUCACCCGUGGGUCCCAUCAUCCAGACGAGCCAGCACAUAGAGCACCACGGGGUGGUCCUGGUCUACAAGCAGCUGGGCAGUGACAGCAACAACUACAGCUUCCAUAUCUACCUGGCCACCAACAGCUCGUCUGACAUCAAGGAUAUACGCAAACAAGUGCAGGCCUACAAGAAUCGCUACAUUCGGAUAGAGAAGCCUCCUACAUGUAAACUGGAUGAGGGGACGUAUCGUCUCCUGAGCGAGCCAGAGGGAGACAUCAAACCUCAGGAUUUGAAAUUCACCCUUGCAGUGACUAAGAUGAAAGGCUACUUUGAAGCUUUCUUUGAGCAGCCUCCUCCCUUUAAAUUGUCUCUUAUAGAGAUUAACUCUGAGGAGACUGUAUGGUCCGCCACCAUCAGAGAAGGUGACUGUGUGGACAGCACAGAAAAGAAACCAAGGAAAAGGACAAACAGCAGACAAAGGAGCAGCAGCCCCUCAGAAGACGAAACGGCCUGUAAAAGACCUCGAUGGCAGGAUGAGUCAGAUGGAGUGAAGACAGCGAUGACUCAGUGCCAGGACAUGUCAGAGAAGCAGCUACUGCAGGUGGCCAAGCGGCUUGGGAAGGAGUGGAAGCAGGUGGCCAUCUAUCUAGACUUGAACUCCAGGGACCUGGAUGACAUCCAGGCAGCAGAGAAAGAUGUGACCAUGCAGAAGCUAAAGAUGCUAGUGGAAUGGAAGAGCAGAAGGGUGCAGGGAGAGGCCACGGUGUACCACAUGUGGAAAAGUGUGGAGGAUCUAGAUGACUUGCCAAACGAGGUCCGUCAGACACUGCAAGAUAUGAUGAACAAUCAAGCAGCUAAGUGAAAGGGAUUUGACUUGAAUAGAUCGUUGGAUCUGUUCGUCCAGCGACAGGAAGAAAAAAAAGGUCUCAGGAAUACAGCAAAGCAGAGUUGACCUCUGGACCAAACGUCAGCUCUUCCGUCAGUUUGUGUUUCUCUCUGAAUAUUUUCUGGACAUGAAACUAAUUCAUGAGUUUUUGUAUUUCUGCAUUUCAUGAAAGGGGCUACUGUUGUAACUUUGAAUGGGCAUUUUCCCUGAUUUUGUUCAAAUAUGGUCCUUUGAUUCUGUAAUGACUGCAGAAUAGACAAACUGUACCUAAAGGUACCUUUGUGUAGACAGAAUUUGAUGCUCAGCAUUAUCAGAUUCUAAAAUGACCUGAGGAGGCAGAGGCGUAGAGGUCGUUGAGAUAUUUAGUAGCUAGUUAUGUAGCCAGUAACAGAUGUAAAUGUAGGUGCUGCAGUGUUGAAACUGCAAGAAUCAGGUAAAAUCCAACCUGUGUGUCUUGUUUCACUUUUAAAUACAAGUUUCUGGGACUUUUUAUAAAACAAUUAGGCAUUACAUCACAUGCACAUUCAUGUGACUGUCCAAAGCAUAGCAGACUGAACUAUUUUUUUUGUCUCAAACAUUUUUAUAUUUGUGCAUACUAUGUCCUGUACAUAUCUUUUUUUUAACUAUUUUUUCAAACCUGUGAUUUAUUUUUUUAAGUUUGUUUUGUCUGUUUAUGCAUAUUUGUGUUUUAUUUGACAACUCUGAGCUGCAGGAAGUCCAUUAUUAUUUUUAUGUUGUUUUAACUUGAAUUAUGAACCUGUUCCUGCCCUCCUGGACUGGAGACUAGAGCACACAUCUUGUGUUUGUUAAGGACAAAUUUUGACUAUGUAGUACUCAAGUGUACUGUGUAGAAAACACAACACACAUUUGGAUUCAAGGCUGUAUAGAAGUUUUCUCUACAUGUGUGUGUUUAUCUACAGCCACGCAACAUUCCUGUAUUUUGAGCCUUCUUUUCAAGGCUUCUUUCAUAGAUUGGAACAAAGAUUUGGAAAAACAAACCAAAAUAAUAAUAAAUAUUUCAGUUACAUUUUCUCGACACCUUUUCGACAUUAUUCAAAAUUCUGUUUCUGUUUCACCAUUUUUUAAAGAUGACACUUUCCAGACAUCUCAACACUACUUGGGAAAAGCUGCAGAAAUGGAAUGUGUAAUGUUGAAUCUUUUGGAGCCAAGAUUAUGCAGCAAUGUUUACAUUCAGAGAACAGGGUUGGUUCCUUAAACAAUUUACCACAAACAAACCAGUCAGUACUUUUUGCACUAAUUUGUGUCGGGUCCGAGUCCAUCCAAAGACUUUUGGAAUAAAGGUAAAGAAGCAAAUGUUGACUGAAUAAAAUGAGGAGAUC